AGAGAAAAAAAAAAGGGUUUUGGUUUUUAUUAUUAGCUGCACAACACACAAAUGGCAGCAGCGAUCCAAACCCAAUCCCCAGCGCCGCAGCGCGUGGGUAAUAAUCCCAGUUCGAGGAGCAGUAGUCGCUCCGCCCGUUGCUGUUCCUGGCCUGCGCUGCGGCUUCCCCCAAUCUCCUCCACAUCCCUAUCCAUCUUCCCCUCUUCUUCGUUCGUCGCCUUUGCUUUUGCCUUACCCACCCACCCAUCCAUCCAUCCAUCCAUCCAUCCGCGGCGGGGCGGUGUUCGUGGUGUUCAAGUUAUUGUUGUUGGUGUCAUUAUUCCUUUCCUCCUCCCAGUUCGUUUCGGGCAUAUCGGUGUUUUGGGUAUUCUUCGACACGGAGAUCCAGCCGCACAUCGAUUCGCCUUUUUUACUCUCUUCGCGACGCGGGGUGCUAUAAUAGCGACUGCGAGGCAUUUGGUGCGGGCAGACGCUACGAAGAGGUGGGGGUGAGAAAAAGUAAGUUGGGAAGUUUCUGCGCCUUUGCUUUGCAGAAGGAGGUGCUCGGAUCUAGGUUUCCAGGUUCUCGAUCGCCGCCAUGGACGCCGGCGGAGACGGGGACGGGGACGGCGCCGGGAAGGCGGCGCUGGAGGCCCCCGCCGAGGCCACGACCCCGCCUCCGGCGCCAGUGGCGGCCCCGGCCCCGGUCUCCGCUUCUACGGCUGCGGCGGGCGCGGGGACCUCGGGGUCGGGGGAGAAGCCGGUGAAGCGGAUGAUGAAGACCCCCUACCAGCUUGAGGUUUUAGAGAAGACCUAUGCGGCGGAGCAGUACCCGUCGGAAGCUAUGCGGCUGGAGCUGUCGGCCAAGAUAGGGCUGUCGGACAGGCAGCUCCAAAUGUGGUUCUGCCACCGCCGCCUCAAGGACCGCAAGCCACCGGCGAAGCGGCAACGGCGGGAGGAAGAGUCUGCACUAGCACCAGUGAUGCCUCCACCGCCAGUGUUGCCGGCACCUGUGUCUGUGAUGCCACUGGCAAGCAGUGACCAUAUGGUGGGUGCUCCUGGGCCGUACGAUGAGCCGUUACAUCCAGUUCACUCGCGAAGGGGUGCUGGGCGGUCCUCAGCAGUCCCCAGGAUCUCUAUGCCGGAUAUUGGGAGGAGGUAUUACGAGCCAACUCCAAUUAUGAUAGCGCCGGCUAUCCCGUCGAUGCAGCUCACACAAUCUGAGCUCCGCGUGAUUAAUUCUGUGGAGUCAGAGCUCGGGGAACCAUUGAGGGAGGAUGGUCCAGCGCUUGGCAUUGAAUUUGAUCCCCUUCCUCCUGGCGCCUUUGGUGCACCGAUUGUUCCAGAGCAACAAAAGCAGCCUGUGCGAUCUUAUAAUACGAAGAUGUUUUCUAGGCAUGAUCAAAAGCUCUUAAAGGCUUCAGCAUUUUUACCUACCAUGGAGUCCCCAUCUGUUCCAAACUCAUUCACUGGGAAGAGAAAAUCAACGGUUGGUAAUUCACCUAUAGUCCAACCUCAUGUUGGAUCACGGGCUGUCCAUGAGUAUCAGUUCCUUCCUGAGCAACCAAGUGAUACAUAUGAGAGGGCAAGCCGAUCUCACUACUAUGAUACUCCAGUGGAAGUUUCGAAUUCUAGGAUAUCUUCUCUCACAUCAGGAUCACAGCUUCUCCAUGGAUCUGAGGUGGCUGCGCCUAGUUAUGCUUUUCAAGGCCACACAUCUGGUUCUAGCCUGAUGCCCCAGUCCAGCAGGUCUCAGGUGUUUCCAGCAGCACCAGCAGAUUAUGAGACGACCCAGUCUAAUAGCAACCUUAAUUCUGUUCCUGAUGAAGGCCAGUUUGAUAUUUCUCAGGUUGCUGCAUUUGAAAACCCACUUAUAUCAUAUGAAAGAAGAGCUUAUCAUGAUGAAGAUACUUCUCGAGUGGAAAGAAAACGAAAACAUAAUGAAGAAGCAAAGAUUGCAAAGGAAGUUGAAGCUCACGAAAGACGAAUUAGAAAGGAGCUUGAGAAACAAGAUAUCUUGAAUAGAAAGAGAGAGGAGCAAAGGCGCAAGGAAAUGGAGAGACUUGACCGCGAGAGAAGAAAAGAAGAGGAGAGAUUACUGCGGGAGAGACAGAGAGAAGAAGAGAGGUUCCAAAGAGAGCAAAGGCGUGAACAUGAGCGUAUGGAGAAGCUUUUGCAGAAGCAAUCUAGACGAGCAGAGAAACAAAGGCAAAAGGAGGAACUCCGAAAAGAGAAAGAAGCAGCAAGGCAAAAGGCGGCCAAUGAAAGGGCUACUGCACGCAGAAUUGCACGGGAGUAUAUGGAACUGGUGGAAGAUGAGCGUUUGGAACUAAUGGAAUUAGCUGCACAAAACAAAGGCUUGCCCUCAAUGUUGCAUCUUGACAGUGACACAUUGCAGCAGCUUGAUUCUUUUCGAGGCAUGCUAAGACAAUUUCCUCCUGCAACGGUGAGACUGAAGUUGCCAUUUUCUAUAAAGCCUUGGACUGGAUCUGAGGAUAAUGUUGGAAAGCUUUUGAUGGUGUGGAAAUUCUUCAUUACUUUUACUGAUGUUCUGGGUCUUUGUCCAGUUACACUCGAUGAGUUUGUUCAGUCUCUUCAUGAUUAUGAUUCAAGGUUGUUGGGGGAACUGCAUGUUGCUCUACUGAAAUCCAUUAUAAAGGAUAUUGAGGAUGUUGCUAGAACUCAAUCAAUUGCACUGGGGGUAAAUCCAGGUGGCCAUCCACAAAUUGUUGAAGGGGCAUAUGCCUGGGGAUUCAAUAUACGUAGCUGGCAACGCCAUCUUAAUCUUCUUACAUGGCCUGAGAUAUUAAGACAGUUUGCUUUAUCUGCUGGUUUCGGACCCCAGUUAAAGAAAAGGACGGUAGAAGAUUCUUACUAUCGUAACGAUAAUGAGGGUCAUGAUGGUGAGAAUGUUAUAUCGACACUUCGAAAUGGUUCAGCAGCUGUGAAUGCUGCUGCUAAGAUGAAGGAAAGAGGUUACACCAAUCGACGUAGAUCCCGCCACCGUCUCACUCCUGGAACUGUAAAAUUUGCCGCUUUCCAUGUGCUUUCUCUUGAAGGGAGUAAAGGUCUCACAAUAUUGGAAGUAGCAGAAAAAAUUCAGAAAUCUGGAUUGAGAGACCUCACAACAAGCAAGACACCUGAGGCAUCCAUAGCUGCUGCCUUGUCUAGGGACACAAAACUUUUUGAGAGAACUGCUCCUUCGACAUAUUGCGUGAAGUCGCCUUAUAGAAAAGAUCCAGCUGAUUCUGAGGCCGUGUUGUCAGCAGCACGUGAAAAAAUUAGGGCUUUUCAGAAUGUGCUUUCUGACUCUGAAGCUGAAAAGGAGGCAGAUGAAGCUGAGAGGGAUGAUGAUUCUGAAUGUGAUGAUGCUGACGAUGACCCUGAUGGUGAUGAUGUGAAUACUGAGGUGGAAGAUGACAAGGAUCCUCCUCUUGCUGUCAAGGCACAAGAUGAAGUACCGAGUACAACUACAGUUAUUGGCAUAAGGUCCGAAUUAGAUAGUGUGGGUAAUGCAUUGAACUCAUCAAGUAGUUUUACUAAGUCAGCAAAAGGCACUCCUCUCCCUUCUUUAGGCAAGUCCGAUGCAGCAGAUACUUCUAAUGAUUCACCUCUUGGAGGCUCAUCAGCUAAUCAUGAAGUAGCCCCUGGUGAUUCUGAAAAUACGCAAAUUGAUGAAAGCAAUCAAGUUGAGCCUUGGGUACGUGCACUAGCAGAAGGUGACUACUAUGAUCUUAGUGUUGAAGAACGCCUUAACGCAUUGGUUGCCCUCGUUGGUGUUGCUACUGAAGGGAACUCUAUUCGUGGUGUACUUGAGGAACGUUUGGAGUUAGCAAAUGCCUUAAAGAAGCAAAUGUGGGCAGAAGCGCAACUUGACAAGAGGCGUUCCAAGGAAGAAUUUGCUAGCAGAGUACAAUAUAACUCUGACAUGGGUUUGAAGGCUGAUAUAUAUCAAGAAAACAAUGCUACAGAGAUUUCUUCAACUCCAGCCUGUGAUGUUUAUAAAGAGAAUGAUGGACAUGUUGGGACAAUCAACAGUUGUGAGAUGGAUGAUCAGCAUAAUCAGGGUAAUUUUGGCAGUAUGGCUUAUGAGAGAAAUGGCAUAGGCCAGGAAAUCCUUGCAACCCCAGAUACUUCGUAUGUUCAGCAGUAUGCUUAUGCUGAUAAAACACGAUCUCAGUUGAAAUCGUACAUUGGUCACCGGGCAGAACAGCUCUAUGUUUACAGAUCCCUGCCCCUAGGUCAGGAUCGGAGGCGAAACAGGUAUUGGCAGUUUACAACUUCAGCAUCACCAAAUGACCUUGGCUCAGGAAGAAUCUUUUUUGAAUCCAAAGAUGGAUGUUGGAGAGUUAUUGACUCAGAGGAGGCCUUUGAUUCUUUAGUGGCCGCCCUCGAUACACGUGGCAGCCGGGAGGCACAGCUGCAUUCAAUGCUGCAAGUGAUUGAGCCCACCUUUAAGGAAGCUAUUAAGAGGAGAAGUGCAGGUAUAGAACUACCUGCUGGAAGGUAUCCAAAGAAUGGAGCUACUGACAUGAUAAGGGCAAAUUAUCAUAGUGAGGUUGGAAGCUCAAGCAGUACUCCUUUUGGUGUUACAUCUGAUAUUGUGACAGCAUAUGCUGAUUCUUUUAAAGUAGAGCUUGGGCGUAAUGAUUUUGAGAAGACAGCUAUCUCAAAAAGGGCAGAUAAAUUUUUAAAAUGGAUGUGGAGGGAAUGCUACAAUCAGGAAUUGACAUGUGCCAUGAAAUACGGGAAGAAAAGAUGCUCUGAAUUGUUGCAUUCUUGUAAUUGCUGCUAUCAGAUUUACUUAGCCGAAGAAAGGCACUGUCCUUCUUGCCAUAAGACAUUCAAAUCCAUUUACAAUUUUUCUGAUCAUACAACACAAUGCGAAGAGAAACGGAGAACUGACCCUUACUGGAAGAUGCAAAUCACUGAUUAUUCUGUUCCAAUAGGGAUGGUAUUACUCAAGCUGCAGUUAGUUAUGAUUGAGGCAGCUAUACCAUCAGAAGCACUUCAACCAUUUUGGACUGAUGUGUAUCGGAAAUCUUGGAGUGUGAAGCUGUACACUACCAAAUCUAUUGCCGAAACAUUUCAGCUUUUGACUGUUCUGGAAGGUGCAAUAAGACCAGGUUGCCUCUCUUCUGAUUUUGAAACAACAAGUGAAUGUCUAAACUCACAGAGUAUUGCACCCCAGAAUCCUGUGUUACCCGCUGGAUCUGCUUCUGCCCUUCCAUGGGUUCCUGACACUACUUCUGCUGUUAUGCUCCGAAUGUUAGACCUUGACUCAGCUAUUUCUUACGUGCAAAAUCAAAAGAUGGAGAGAGACGAUGGAGGUUUUAUGAAAUUUCCAUCAAGGUAUACAGUUGCUAAGAGCAAACAAGAAGGUAUACUUGAACCAACUGGUUUGAAUCUGUAUGAUGGAAGGUGGCUUCCUGGUAGUGGUCGUAGGGGACGUGGACGUGGAAGUAGAGGAGGUAGCAGGGGAGGCAGAGGUCGAAGUCGAGGUGGAAGGAUCCCAAGAGGCGUUAGCAGCUCAUCAAGGAUCGAAUUCAAGGAUGAAAUUGUUGCUUCUGAUAAAGCGCCAAGGAAGAAUGCACGCCGAGGGCGUGCACGUGGUCGUGGUAGUAGACGAGGACGUCGAACUGUGAGGCCUCGGCAGCCAUCUGCAGGCAGAGCCAGAUCAAUUCCAAAGGAAAAUUUGUUGGGAAGCUUUAGCAUGCUUAGCAGCUCAAAGCCUGCCCCCGUUGAGGAGUCUCCACAAAGCUCUGGUGCAGAUGAGUGGGGCCUGGAGACCAGAGUGACAUACAACGAAUGUGAUGAGAACAGUUCUGGAUCAGAGUCAGAAGAUAACGAGGAAAACGGCCAGCCCAUGGAUGAGGAUUAUGAAGAGCAAGUUCUAGAUUACUCAAUGGGUUAUUCUAGUGGAUCCAGGCACCAUGGAACGAUGUCCAUGAUGGAUCAUGAGACUGAGGAGGAGGAUGAAGAUGCUGAAGGUGAUGAGAAUGUUGAAGAAGAUGAUGCAGAUCAAGCAGUUGACGAUGCCGAUGUUGAGAUGGAUGAAGAUGAUGAGACUGGUGAUGAUGGAGAGGAUGGCAAUGUUGGAGGGGAGAUGAAUGCGGAUGAGGAUCCAGAUGCUACUUCAUAUUCAUCUGACUACAGCGAAUAAGAAAGCAUAAAUAAGGACCUUAUCCCAGAUCCUGCCUCGGCAUGAAGCAGCGAUAGAUGCGGAACCGAGGAACUGAUUUUCGAUGGGGAUGUGCAUUACUGUUUUUUAGGCAUCGGCUGGUUUUAUUUUAAUAGAUUUUCUGGAGUAUGUCUACUAAUCUGACGAGUGGUUGUACCGGGCUAGUUAUGUCACUGGGGAAUUCCCCGAGUUAUACAGUGUCUCUAAGGCUUAAUGUUAUCAUAUCGCAAUUUGGUUCCCAUACAUGUACUAUCUUCGGCUCUCCAAAAAGCAUCUGGCUGGAAUGUAGCAUCUUCAACGAAUUGCUUACUCAACAUCUCUUAAAAUCACAUAUAAAAGUAUAUAUAUAAGUGAACUUUUAUCA